AUGAACCCAAUCUCAGAACGCCUGUCCUCCGAUGGGUACGAAAGCUCAGAUAGCCUCGAUUCAACAGACACAAUACAACAAUUCCGGCUUGAAGAUGGUCCUCGAGCUCACCCCUCCACUACCCCCAUAGCAUCCCGCUCUUCGUCCCCAACACGCCGAUAUUAUUCAUCGCACUCCUCAGCCUCUGAGGGAGAUGCUGAAUCUCAUGGUCUUCUCGCGAGACGUGAAAAUUGGCGAGAAGAACGUCGACGAUGGUGGCAGCCUCCGCGUCGUUGGCAACGAGUAAUGGAUGCGCGGAUAUGGAGAACAGCUAGAAAGUGGUUGAGAAGACUUGUCCGCCAUCCUUUAUUCCCUAGACAACCCACUAGUAUUAUCCUAAGCAUAGUCAUGUUUGCGCUAUUCGCCGUCCUCCUCACCAUAUUCCUCAUGUAUGUUCUCAAUCCCGACAAAGAACCAUUACCUUGGCGGGCGUACUGCUCUAUGCCCUACAUGAACUCACCUCCAGAUGUUCACGACCCUACUCUCUACUCUGACCCGUAUCAUAACUAUACACUUGGCAUGCGUACACCUCUGUUUCCCCACAAAGAACUCGAACUGCUUCCUCCAGCGGGUAUACUUAUAGGCGUAUUCUCGACAGAUUCAUCUUAUGAACGACGGGCGUUGGUGCGGUCAACGUGGGCUACACAUCCGCGGAGCAGGGAUGGUGCAGGAGCAGGUGAUAAUGGUAUUGGAACUUCUCGUACAAUAGUACGUUUCAUCAUGGGACAACCACGAAAGGACUUUGAAAGGAGGGUAGCUUUGGAGAUCGAAGAGUACAACGAUAUAAUAGUGCUUCCCAUGCAGGAGAAUAUGAACGAUGGGAAAACUCAUGCGUUCUUUUCAUGGGCUGCUGAUGACGCUUGGGUACCUCCUGUUUAUAGGGAGACUCCUAUACCUCCAGGCAAAUAUUCUUAUUCGACAGAACAUACAACUCCUCCGGUCCUUGCUCCCCAUGACCCAUGGCAUGCCUUCCAAGAUCGAAUAAACGGAUCUGUCAAGGAUUGGGUAAGGCCAGACUUUGUUGUCAAAAUGGAUGACGAUGCUUUUGUCAUGCUGGCCGAACUGGAAGCACGUCUAAGACUCGAGUUGCAUGCAAAACCAUCUGAUACAACCAACAUACCUAUCUUUCCUCCCUCAUCUCCAUUUCAGGAUCCCUUGAUCUACUGGGGUUAUCUUGUUACCAACCGACUCCAUCGUUUCAUGGCAGGAGAGCUCUACACGUUGAGCUGGAGCUUAGUUGACUAUGUUGCGAACGACCCAACCGUCAGACACCUGAUCAAAGGGAAAGAAGAUAAACAAACGGCGAAGUGGAUGAAAGUCCACCCAAAGGCGCACCUCGUUCGAUGGAUUAGUGAACGCUGCUGGAUUCACGACCACCCUAGAGCGGGAACGGUAUACGCCCACGGCUUCUUGUUUCCCUCAGAGGUAACUCGAAUAAGGAGAGAUAUGGCUUCGGCGCUCAGCAAAUAUACUGAAGAACAUCGAGCUUCACAGUCAUUAGGCAGUGAGCUAGGACCAACACCGGCAUCGUGGGCACAUUCUAGUGUAUCGACUUUCCACGUCCGUUACUCGCCUCCUCUAUCUGAUCUCGAUCUACCACAAAGCAUCGAGGCGCUGGUUGAAGGAAGCGAUAUGUCCAAACUUCGUGAAGACAGUCCAAUGACACCUAAAUUUGCAUGGGACCAUCGGGAAGACAGGAAAACCAGAUAUGAAGGGUAUCGCGUUGGAGGUACUGUCGCCGUGCAUUUCAUAAAACAGAAUAUGUGGUUUUUGGAGACAGCACUUGCACUACUUCAAGGAGAGGAUGUGUUAGAAAGACAGCAUUUACCCGUGGAGAGGAAUGUGACCUUUGAAGACGAGGGGGAUCGGACAUUGAGAGACUAG